AUUAAAUAUGUAAAUCAAAUUCCUUGCAAUUCUUCCAAUUUGAAAUGAGAGAAAACAGAGAAGCAGAGAGGGCUUUAUUAUCCCACCGUCUCCCUCUUUCUCUGUUAAUGAAGAAAAACAAACAGAGUAAAGGAGACAUUUGCCCCUCACUCUCCUCCACUCUCCUUCCAAAUCCACCAAUCCAAACAAAGACUUAAGAUCGUAAAGAAUGCGGGGAACAAAUAAUUCCUUAAAAGUCACGUAUAAUUAGCUCGAAAUUGAUCUAAUGAACUUGUGACUGUAUUCUUUCCUCAUGUGCCUUUGGUAUUUUGUUAUUCCCUUAUUGUCAUUUGUUUAUGAGUUGGCUGUUCUGGGUCAUUUUGAAUGACGAACACUAUUGGCCUCUUUUUUUUUUCUUUUCUUUUGGUAUUCAUCGUUUGAACUUUGAAAAGGAGAGCUAAUUUGUACUUUCUUGGUUUUUUAUGACCUUAUCAGGAUAUUUGUUGGUAUUUAUAUCAGUUUCAUAAUGAGUAUAUUUAGUAGAGAUGGUUCGGAUGAAGAAUACUCUGUCAUAGGUGACAAAGGUGAGAUUGGAUUUAUUGAUUUUGAGGAGGAUAUAUCUGUGCUAAGUUAUGACCCAAGUGAAGAAGGACCGGUUACUGUAUCAGUCCCAUUUCAAUUUGUUCAUGGAAAGCCUCAGUCUAUUUUUGUUGGAGAGACUUCUAAGGGUCCAAUUACACUAGAGAACACAACAGGUGAUCCGGUGGAACUUUGGGGAGUGAAGAUAUUCUGUUCAAAUCCAGAAGAUUCAUUUACUUUAUCUCUCAGGGAACCACCCUCAGCCAAUUCAAAGGCAGAAAAUACCCAAGGCUUUGUGGAGGUAUACUCUCUUGAUGACAGAGUACUUCAGGCACACCAGACUCUGACCAUUUGGCUGUCAUGCAAACCAAAGGAGAUGGGUUUGCAUACAACUGUGGUGCAUUUUGAUGUUGGGGAUGAUAGAAUUGAACGAGUUGUCUUUUUACUGGCUGAAGACAGGGUCUCUCAGUCUCUAGCUUCCAGCAAUCCAUAUAGAAGAGCUCCAAGAAGAAGAAACCAAUUUGCUGUUGAUGAGUAUGUGGUUUCUUCCUGUCCUGCUAGGAGAGCUGCUCAAGGAUAUUAUAAGAAUAGGCUUCCCAAAUAUCCAAUCCCAAAAUAUGUUAGAGAGUUAAUUGAAGAAUAAGCAAGUCCCUGAUGUUCUUACAGAAGAUUUAGUAAGAGAGAAUUAUGCUUCCUUCUUCAGUACAUUGCUUAUAAUGGAAGAGCUACAUUUAGAGGAAGAAAUGAAGGCUUAUAACAUGGAAUGUGUCUCUAUGAGGAGAAAAGGGACACAAUUCGUGGCACUUGAGGUCCCAGGGUUAGCUGAAAGGAGGCCUUCACUUGUACAUGGUGAUUAUGUUUUUGUGAAGCUUGCCUCCAAUGAUCCUGAGAAUGUUUUUUGUUUAUCAGGUUUUUUUCCCCUCUUUCAACAAGAAACAACCAUUCCAAAUGAAGCAUUCAUGCAGUU